AAUUGUGGGAGGAGGGCUCGGGCCCCUCUAGAGACACCCUUUAGUGUUGGGACUCCAGGAGCCAGUCUUCCUUCUGGCAGAGGGACAUUGGGUUGUGGCAUUUCUCCAGCUGCUCCCCAGCGAGAAGAGGACCCUCCUGGGACCUAUAGGCCUAGCCUUUGACCCCGGGGACACCUAGCCCAGCCUGCCCCAGAGCUGACAAGUCAGAGGCAGCAAAUUUUUAACUAGACACAUUGAUCAUUAAUAGGGGUAGGAAGGGAUCCAAACUCAGCCUCCCUUAGGGACAGAGACUAGCUGGGCCUCAGGUCUCCUGUGGAGAUGCUAGGCCCCCGAAUCUGGUCCUCUGUGAGGCAGGGGCUGAGCAGGGCCUUGUCUAGGAAUGUGGGGGGCCAAGCCUCAGGGGAGGGGAGGAAGGUGGACAUCGCAGGCAUCUACCCCCCAGUGACCACCCCCUUCACUGCCACCUCAGAAGUGGACUACGGGAAACUGGAGGAGAAUCUGCAUAAACUGGGCACCUUCCCCUUCAGAGGCUUUGUGGUCCAGGGCUCCAAUGGCGAGUUCCCUUUCCUGACCAGCAGCGAGCGCUUGGAGGUGGUGAGCCGCGUGCGCCAGGCCAUGCCCAAGGACAAGCUCCUGCUAGCUGGCUCUGGCUGCGAGUCUACUCAAGCCACAGUGGAGAUGACGGUGAGCAUGGCCCAGGUCGGGGCUGACGUCGCCAUGGUGGUGACCCCUUGCUACUAUCGUGCGCGCAUGAGCAGCGCUGCCCUCAUUCACCACUACACCAAGGUCGCUGACCUCUCUCCAAUUCCUGUGGUGCUGUACAACGUCCCAGCCAACACAGGGCUGGACCUGCCUGUGGACACGGUGGUCACGCUUUCCCAGCAUCCGAAUAUCAUUGGCAUCAAGGACAGUGGCGGUGAUGUGACCAGAAUCGGGCUGAUGAUUCACAAGACCAGGAGGCAGGAUUUCCAGGUGUUGGCUGGAUCAGCUGGCUUCCUGCUGGCCAGCUACGCUGUGGGUGCUGUGGGCGGCGUGUGUGCCCUGGCCAAUGUCCUGGGGGCUCAGGUGUGCCAACUGGAGCGACUCUGCCUCACAGGACAAUGGGAAGAUGCUCAGAAGCUACAACACCGCCUCAUCGAGCCAAACACUGCGGUGACCCGGCGCUUCGGGAUCCCAGGGCUGAAGAAAACCAUGGACUGGUUUGGCUACUACGGAGGCCCCUGUCGGGCCCCCUUGCAGGAGCUCAGCGCUGCUGAGGAGGAGGCACUGCGCAUGGAUUUCACCAACAAUGGCUGGCUCUGAGGGCAAGAAGGGGACAGGCGGGAGCCCAUCUCAGCCCAGAGGAACAUGGGGACAAGAGAGUUUGAGGCUUCUUCUCCGACUUUGGUCUUCAGGCGCCUCUUGCCAGGUGCCAUGCAUGCUCAUUUCCUGUUCUCACAUCCCAUGACUUCUCAAAUUUGUAUCCUAAACUCUGGGUCUCUAGAGACCUUCAGUCUGGGCAGGAGAGCUUGUUUACUGUCUCUCUUCCAUGGUUUCCUAUGCCCCAAGACACAUGAGCCAGCAGCCUGAGGGGAGGGCACGGGCAGCUGGGCACAGGAGGGCUAUGUGCCUGAAGGGAGGACUACGUAGACUUGGGGAUACAAACCCGAUUCUAGCACAUGCAGGGGAAGCAGGGCUACUCUAAGAACCCAAGUUCUGACUCUUUCCAGGGGAUGUGAUCAGAAAAAUGUCACUUGCCUCUGAAAGGCCCCCAAGAUGCAUUCCAGCCACAGUGCCCUUUCCUAAAUCCAUUUUGAUGAUCUCAUAUUUUUGUCUCUAGCUUUGAUCUCAAUGGCAAAUGCACAGAGACAACCCAGAAAUGGUAAAUAGUGACACCUAGUGGAUAAAUGUUACAUUCUAGAGACUAGAGACUAUUGUCAA